AUGAAUAAGAACAACAAUAAAGGUAGUGUUAAAAAAAACAAUAAUUCCAAGAAAAAAACAAGCACAAAUAUAAACAAUGUGAACAAUAUAAGUAGUAUAAAAAAUAUAAAGAAUGAACAGAAUAUGAAAAACGGAGAUGUAAAUGAUGAAAUUGCUACUACUAGUAGUAGUAACCAUGUUAAUAUGGUGUUGAAUGAAAAUGAUGAAGGGAUAAAAGAUGUUAAAGUUGUUAAUAAUAUAAAUAUAGAUAACAAAAGAGAAGAUAAUAAUGUUAGAAUAAAUGUACAAGCAGAAGAAACUCUUAAUAAUGAUAGUAAAAAUAAAGAAGCUGAAAAUAAAAUCAAUAUAAAGAAUAAUAAAUCGAACCAGUCGAACCAAUCGAACAAGAAGACGAAGAACAAGAACAACAACAAAAAUAAUAAUAAUAAUAAUAAUAAUAAUAGUACAUCAAAUAAAAAAAACUCCAAGAACAAGAAAAAAGUAGAUAAAUUAGAUUUAAUAUUAAAUGAAUUUAAAAAUGAUAUAAAAAAUGAAAAGGGAGAAAACAACCAAAACGACAAUAUGUUAUUAAACGGUGCUAUAGAAACAAAUAACAAUAAUAAUAAUAAUAAUGGUAAUAAUAGAAUCCAUUUUGAUCAAGAAGAAAUAAAAGAAAUUAAAAAGAAGAUAAUAUUAAAAGAACAUGUGUUAGAAGAACAAGAUAAUAGUUCUAUUAGAUUGUUAAAGAAUUGGCCCCAACUAGAAAAAACGUAUCAGACGAAUCCCCCAUGUAUCCCUAUAGAUAUGAUAUAUGGAAAGGAUGGGAAAUAUCCAGUAGGAGAAAUUUUAGAAUAUAAUAAUUAUGAUUUGAGUGGACAAUCUUUACAAGAAAAAAAAGAAAGAGAAAAAUUAAGUAUUGAUUAUUAUGAAGAUUUAAGAAAAGCUGCUGAAUGUCAUAGACAAGUUCGAAAACAUAUGCAAGCUUUUAUAAAACCUGGAAAAAAAAUGAUUGAUAUAGCACAAGAAACAGAAAGGAAAACGAAAGAAUUAAUACUUGCUCAAAAAUUAAAAUGUGGUUGGGGAUUUCCUACAGGAUGUUCUUUAAAUCAUUGUGCUGCACACUAUACACCAAAUUAUGGAGAUGAAACUGUUUUAAAGUAUGAUGAUGUGUGUAAAUUAGAUUUUGGUGUUCAUGUUAAUGGUUAUAUAAUUGAUUGUGCUUUUACAAUAGCAUUUAAUGAAAAAUAUGAUAAUUUAAUAAAAGCAACACAAGAUGGUACAAAUACAGGAAUUAAAGAAGCUGGUAUAGAUGCUAGAAUGUGUGAUAUUGGAGAAGCCAUACAAGAAGCAAUUGAAUCUUAUGAAAUAGAGUUAAAUCAAAAAAUAUAUCCUAUUAAAGCCAUAAGUAAUUUAAGAGGGCAUUCAAUUAAUAAAUAUAUUAUACAUGGUGGUAAAUGUGUACCCAUAGUUAGACAAAAAGAAAAAAAUGAAAUUAUGGAAGAAGGGGAAUUGUUUGCAAUAGAAACUUUUGCAUCAACUGGUAAAGGAUAUGUAAAUCAUGAAAAUGAAUGUUCACAUUAUAUGAGAAAUCCAGAAAAACAAUUUGUACCCAUAAGAUUAAAUUCAGCUAAAACUUUACUUAAAGUUAUUAAUGAUAAUUUUGAUACACUACCUUUCUGUAAUAGAUGGUUAGAUGAUUUAGGACAAACUAGACAUUUCAUGGCUCUUAAAACCUUAAUAGAUCUAAAUAUUGUUGAACCAUAUCCACCUUUAUGUGAUAUAAAAAAUUCUUUCACUUCUCAGAUGGAGCACACCAUAUUAUUAAGACCAACCUGUAAAGAGGUACUAUCUCGUGGUCCCGACUUUUAA